AUGGUGAGCAAGAAGGUUUUGCUCACUGGAGUCGUGGUGGUGCUUGCAAUCAUCGGCGUCAUUGUCGGUGUUCUAGUAACUCGCCAAGCCAGUAGUUCAUCAUCGACAAAGUCGUCGGAUGCUGUAAGUUCUGCGGGCUCGACUACUGGCGCUGGCGAAAUCAGCUCGUCCGAUCCGAGUUCUUCCAGUGCUGGCGCAGUCUCCAAGAAGAAAAAGGGGAAGACAAUGACUUCGGGCUCUGGUUCCGGUAGCACUUCCAUCACGUCGGACCCGACAGCCGCCAAGUACACGGUCUCGGCAUUCGCUAUCGGUGACUGGGGCACGACCGUCUCGCAAGACUCGUGUUGCACGCGUUCGUCGACUUUCAGUGACUACGAUGUCAAUGCUGAGGAUGUUGUAGCCAGUAUCAUGGACCAGCAAGCGACUGCUGCGUCCACACCACCAAAGUGCAUCAUCAGCCACGGCGACAAUUUCUACUGGACGGGCAUUGACAGCGAAGGAAGUCGCGACUCGCGCUUCACGACUACGUUUGAGCGCAAGUAUGACGGAUCCAACAUCAAGAACGUCCCGUGGGUCAAUGUGCUUGGGAACCACGACUACGGUGGCGCGAGUUACAUCUGCUCAGACGACAAGGGCCUGGCCAAGUGUUCGAGUGCGUCGGAGCUGGUCAAGGCGCUCGCAAAUAAGUUUGCGUUGCAAGCAGACUACACGAGCCCGAACGACAACCGCUGGAUCUUGCAAGACCACUUUUACGUGUACUCGAUCGGAGACAAAGCGUCGGGUGUCAGCAUCGACAUUUUCAACGUCGACGCAGGCGAUGCCAGCACCCACGGUGCCCAGCAAACGUGCUGCCAGUGCUACGGCUACGCUGAAGGCAAUGACAAGAAGUGCAAAAACGUUGCCAGGGGCGACAAGUUGUGUGCAGGCGGUGACACUGAGAUGUUUGACGCGUGUUUCGACAAGUUCACCGAGUGGAGCGACGACUCGCGCAAGAAACUUGCCAAGGAAGUGGCUGCGUCCACGGCGACGUGGAAAGUCGUCAAUAGUCACUACUCGCCGUACGCUCACUAUGACGAAACCGGCAUGAAAAAGUGGUUUGACAUCCUACGCGACUCGGGCGUCCAGCUCUGGAUGAACGGCCACACACACGGUGAGAACCACGACUACUCGUCGUCGCUCAAGGUCCACUUCGUGGACAAUGGUGCAGGUGGCGGCAUCCAAAAGGAAUCGGCGAGCGGGAUCCCUGAAUUUGUGAAAGGCUCUGUGGAGCCUUUGUGGGUAUAUGGAGGUCACGAGUAUGGGUUCAUGUCGGUAGAAGCUUCGGAAGAGUGGCUGAAGCUACAGUACCACACGGCCGAUGACUCGUGGACGUUUGCUGAGGACUUCAAGUCGACGACGGUCGGCGGUGUGGCUACAAAGCAUUGCUGGUACAUUCCACUGGACGGUGGCAGUGGCAUGGAGUGCUGA